AAACAAGAAAGCAUGAGUUAUCAGGCAGUUUUUCAUUGAGUGGAUUCAGGAAGAGUUUGCUCUCUGUGUGAAAGCCUACUUAUAAGAAAAGAACUUACUUGUGAAGGCUCUUCUAGUGAUGAACAAUGCUCUUACUCGUCCUCCUUCCUUGAUUGAAAAAAUGGUGGGUAAAUGCAGCUUCAUCGAGAUCUUGACCCAAUAUCAGUCAUUUCAUGGACCAGCAAGUCAUCUCGAACUUGAAGCACCACACGAAGGCAAUGCUCCAGAAGUCCUUUGAGGCGAUCACUGAAAUAGAACUGACCUUAAGAGACAUUUGGAAGAAUCAUUACAGCACACUUUAUUGUUGCCAUCAAUAAAGCAUGGAGGAAAUUUCUCUUGGGGCAAUGAACUCUGCCUAGAAGAAACUGUGGCCAGAUUCUGCUGCAGACAGAGACUUUGAAGGCUUUCAAUCGAGGUCUCUGGUGAAUGAGAUUGUCUCUUUGCGCAAGUCCAUGAACUUGGAAGUGAAUUAUGAUAAUGUUGAAGAGUUACUGGAAGAUCACAAGAUAAAGUUCGCAACUGAAGAACUCGAUUACCUUCGCAAGAUGCAGCAAUAUGCAAGGACGGAAGAAAUUUCUUUUUCGUAGAAGGAAGGUAGUAAAGAGGCCAUUUCCAUUGCUGACAUUAAGAAAUUCUGUUUUCUUCGGUUUAAAACACAAGCCAUUAUUGAAAAGUGGCACCUUGAUAAAGUAAUGAACUACAAUAUAAAGAUUACUCGUCGCGAAAAAUUCUACAGUCCAUUAAUACAACAGAAGAUUGCCUUCCACCAUCGUUAGAACAGUUUCCAGAUGACUUUUUUACUAAUGAAGAAAGGCUGAAAGGUGGUAUAGUCGUCCAUUUUCUUCUUGUAAUCUACUUCUGUUCAAUGCUGGCAAUCAUAUGCGACAGUUAUUUCGUUCCUUCGCUCGAAAUAAUCGCCGAUUAUUUUAGUGUACCAGCCGAUGUAGCAGGAGCCACGUUUAUGGCUAUUGGUACAUCGUCACCGGAAUUAUUUUCUUCUAUAAUAGGAUCAUUCGUAACCGAAGGUGAUAUUGGAAUUGGUACUAUCGUAGGUUCAGCUGUUUUCAAUAUAUUAGGAGUCGCAAGUAUGACGGGAAUCAUAGUGGGUUCAAAGGAUAUACCUGUCGACUGGUAUCCAAUAACGAGAGACUGUUUUAUGUAUUGCUUGACAGUUUCAGCUUUAAUAGUUAUAAUAAAUAAUAAUAUAGUAACAUGGUGGGAAGCCCUUAUUAUGCUAUUAAUGUAUGUAUUUUAUAUUCUCAUUAUGUACUUUAAUACAAGAAUCGAAGGUUUCUGCACGUUAAAGGUUGAGAAAAUACAGAAGUGGCUCCACAAAGAAAAGCAAAUAGACGAACACACUCCCCUUCUUGGUAAUCAACACUUUCGACCAGAAAUUAUUAUUGAUCCACCCAAACAGCCACAAUCUGAUGGCCCUUUACUUUGUACUGAAGAUGAAUUUUCCAUAGAAGAAGAAAUAGUCGGUAGAAGAACUAGAAGAGAAAGUAAACUCUUAAUUGAAAGUAUAAAGGAAUUAGAAAUCAUUAAAAAAGAAGAAGGUUCGUUAUUCUCUAUGCCAAAAGAAAAUAUUGGUAUUCAAGUUUGGUGGGUAUUAAUGUGGCCUGCGACAUUAAUAUUCAGCUUAACAAUUAUUGAUUGUAGAAAACCAAGAUUUCGAAAAUUCUUUCCAGUUACGUUUUUCAGUAGUGUCAUAUGGCUCGCAAUUAUUUCUUAUUUAACUAUAUGGAUGGUAACAAUUAUAAGUUAUACUCUUGGUAUUCCUGAUACUGUUGCAGGUAUCACUCUCUUAGCAGCUGGUACGAGUAUACCAGAGAUUAUAUCAAGUAUAAUUGUAGUAAAGAAUGGAUUGGGUAAUAUGGCGAUUUGUAAUUUGUUAGGAAGUAAUAUUUUCGAUAUUUUAUUCUGUCUUGGAGCUCCGUGGCUUGUCAAAACUGCUGGAUUUUCCAAUGGUGAUGGCUUUCUUAUCAUUAACAGUUCUGCUCUCACAUAUACAGUAACCACCCUGUUAACAACUAUCAUUAUGCUGUAUAUAUCUUUGUAUAUUACACAAUGGAAGCUCAACUGGAAACUUGGUAUCAUGUGUUUGAUACUGUACUCAAUUUUCAUAAUAUUAGCUUGUCUUUACGAAUUAAAUAUUUUCGGUUAUUUUAAUCCUGUUACUUGUUUAAGCUGACACAUCUCGAUGUUUUUUAGUUAUUUUUAAUUUUAUUAUAAUUCAGAAAUAAAUAUGCAAUUUGUUAGGUAUUUUAUAAUUGCAUUUAAUCUUAGUUACAAACGUAAAUUUUUUUUAUCUGCAAUUGUUUUUACGGUAUUUUAUCUUAGUGCUUACUCUCUUGUAUCAGUAAUU